AUGCAUUUAGAUACAAUUAUCGAUUGUACCGACAAAUUGUUAGCUCGAUGGCAUCAAAAUGAUGAUCCAACUAAAGUUCAUUUGAAUAUGAUCGAACAAACAGAACAACUUUUAUUUGCGAUUUUUGGUUUCAUUGGAUUUGACUAUGAUCUGCAAACACUCGACAAUGAUUGUGAAGAGGGGAAAAAAGAGCUUGUUCGUGCAAUGGGUACAUUUAUGAACACAGUAGUCAGAAUUGUGGAAAUGCCAAUAAUCGUUUGUCGUAUCUAUUUGUUAUUGAAUUUUGAAUAUCAACGAGCACGUGUAAUUAUCGAUCAAUAUAUACAACGAAUUAUCGAACAAGAAUUGGCAGAAACAGCAGAUAUAAGAGUCGAACGUAAGAGAACAAGUUUAAUCGCUUCACUGGUUUCUUCAUUGCAACGAGACGAAAAAAUCGAAAUGACAAAAUCCGAAGAAGACAAGAAAGGUCUUUCACGCGAUGAAGUAAUGGGUUUAAUGCUUUCGUUUUUUUCGGGCGCCUAUACGGCGGUAGCAACUGUAUUGGUUUGGUUCAUUCAUCUAAUGAGUAAACAUCCUGAAGUACAGGCGAAGAUCAAGAAAGAAUUGGCUGAAUACAAUCUUAAACGUCUUUCAAUUGAACAACUCGAUUCACUCAUCUACUUAGAUUGUGUUCUUCGCGAAGUGCUUCGCUUUGUACCAACCUCAGUUGGUUCUAUUCGAACACUUACUGUCGACGAUCGAUUACCAAAGAGUGGAUUUCAAUUGAGAAAAGGUGAACAAGUAUUUAUUUCAUUCUAUAGUUUAGGACGAGACAAACGUUAUUGGUCGGAUCCUGAUAAAUUUUAUCCGGAACGAUUUCUCAACGAAUCCGAGGAAGGCAAUAAUAAUAAAGCAGCCUUGAUUCCCUUCGGUGGUGGCCAUCGUCAAUGUCCCGGUCAAGAUUUGGCUCGAUUUGAACUUAAAGUCAUUUGUGCACGACUCAUGCAACUUGUGACAUUUGUCGAUGGUGGACCCGAAGUCAAUUCAGGUGGAUAUAAACAGAGAGAUACAAUAAAACCAAAAUAUAUCGGUGUCGCAAUUAAAUUCGACUGA